AUUUCUACUUCAGUUUGCUUCGAAUAUGUUAUUUCCUUUUCAAUUUUCGUUACACUAGUUUCAAAAAAUGGUCUAUCCUAGUCCAAAAAAAAACUAAAGAAUCGAGUGACGACAAAAAUGCUCUAAGCAUCAGUGGAAAGCGUAGACCAAAGAAAGGGGGGGCAGUGGACCAUCUGUAGUCAAACGAUGAGACCACAAGAAGUAACCAUGGCUUUGGCGGACGACAGCAACUUCGCCUUUGUAAAACAGGUGGCCCUGGACUGGCGGGAACUGGUGCGCGAGAAGCGUCAGAGCUUGAUUUUGUCGCCCACGCUGAGCACGCUGGCAGAUGAGUCUCAAAUGAUGAUGGCUGAUUCUAAGUCCCGGACACAGUCUAUGAUUCCGGCUGAGCGGCGGGAUUCCAGCUUUUACCGGCACCGCUUCUCGCAGCAGCCCAAGGAGCCCAUGGAGAUCGAGCACCGGCCGGGAUCCAUGGACGCGAGUCGCAUUCGGGUCAAUGAUGACGUCGAACUGUUCAUCUACUUGCCGAUCACCGUCACCGAAUCCGUGCGGGCCUCCGUCUACGCUAUGUCCCCCAUGUCCCCCAGUGACCUUAGCAUUACCGCCACCCAACUAGAGGACCCAGAGCCCAAGUCACCCUAGUCAGUGAAUUUCACGAGAUUCUUUCCAUACAACCCCAA